GGUGUUUUGACAAAAUGAUGAUUCCAUUAUACCUCUUCCUUUCUGGAGCUGGCACCGGAAAAUCUCGAAACGCUAAUGAAUUUCACCAGACGGCAAUCACUUGUUUGUCAGAGCCAGAAGAUACGGAGCUGUUGACCAAGAUCAAAGAAGCUUGGGUAUUCCAUGUCAGCUAUGAAAAUGGCACCACCUUACGAUCGGAAGAAUCCUCCCCUUAUCUUGCCGUUGGUACUCGAAUGCUACUUCAACUUCUUGGAGAGAAAAUGGGGCUUUAUAAAAUUAUCCAAACAUACGAGCCAGCAGAUCCGGAGGAUGUUAUGACAUUGGUUGCCAAAUACCAUAACCGAGACUUAAAAGACAUUACGGUUAUUUUGGUUGUUGACGGCAUGCAACAGCUUAUGGACAACAAAGAUGAUGGUUUAAAGUCAGAUUCUCGGUUUUACCAGACUCUGUCAAGCAUUGCAGACUUCGCAUUUAAGGGCAUUUUCGUGAUACCCGUUUGUACUUCAACAAUAACUGGCCCUGUUGAGGAUACAUUGAAAUACUCGCAUCGCAAAUGUGUAUACCUACCCGUCGCUUCUCUGGAACCGCCAAACUAUCGCCAAGACCAUAGGUUGGUUCCGGUCUUUAAAGAUGAUGAGAUUACUAAGACUCUUGUGGAAGACUGUGGAGGGCAUGGAAGGGCUCUGGAAGCGCUGAAUGAUUGCUUGGCCGGUCGUAAUAUUGAAGAAUGUAACCUCAAUACUUUGAUGAACGAUCUGCGUCUUAAGCUUACUGAAAGAUAUCGUGAUGCUAUUUUUGGUUCCGUGGACGACGCCAGGCCCGUUGCGCGAGCAAUAUUAACUCGAC